AAUUUUUUUUUUUUGGUAAAACGGAUUGCCAUAUAAACCCAAUUUUCGCCUUUUAUACUGACAGAUGGCUUUUUCGUUCUUUCCAAAUCUUGUGCCUCGAAAUGCCAGUCCGUCGUGGUUUCAAGCAGAUAAACCAAUUGAUGAGGAAAACGAAUUGACCCAGUUGGAGCAAGAACACCAAAUGUGGCUGAACUCAGUAGCUACGAAGAACAAUGAUAUGUUGCCUAUUGGAAAGACUUCGUCAGAGCCUGUAGAAGAAGAUGAAGAUGAAGAAGAUGAGGAGGAACAUGAAGAUGAUGACAGCGAAAGUCGUGAAGCAGAAGACAGUGAUAUAGACUCCUUUACUGCCAAUGGGCCAAACUUUAAUCGUGACCUUGGUGAAGGUCCACCUAGACUUGCCAACCUUACUAUGGAUCUAAGUGAAUAAAAAGUCAAGCAAA